UCAAUAGAAGCCCAAUAAGAACCAUGUUUUAGUUAACGUACCGAGUUACGCAUCCAAUCAAAUGCAGUUAAUUGAGAUAAAUCAUCAUAAAGUUGUCAAAUCGUAGCAAAAAAUUAGAACGCAAAAACAGCGUGAUAGAAUUAGAUCGUUGAGGAACUAGAGCAAUGACGCAGGUGUACAUUAAUGGUGCCAGAGAUGAAGCCAAUGUUCGGGAUCACGACAGUCUAGAUGUUUCCGUUCAGGAGCUGAUUAGAGCCGCAGCGGAAGCCAGAAAUAAUGCCUAUUGUCCAUAUAGCAAUUUCGCCGUUGGCGCCGCCAUCCGCACCAGCGAUGGUACCAUUUAUACGGGCUGCAACAUCGAGAAUGGUGCCUAUGCCGCAAGCAUAUGCGCCGAAAGAACCGCGGCUGUGAAGGCCUUAAGCGAAGGCAAACGUGAGUUUAUUGCCUGUGCCGUGGUUGCCCAGCAGGAGAAGGGAUUCACAACGCCUUGCGGCGUCUGUCGUCAGUUUUUAUCCGAGUUUGCCAUCAAUGGCAAGGAUAUACCGUUAUAUGCCGCAAAGCCAACAAAUUUGCCGCUCCGUGUUCUCUGCACCAGCGUUCUGCAAUUGUUGCCCAAUAGCUUCAGUUUCCUGAAUGGCAAAUAAGUGGCAAACUCACAUCGAAUCACGAAUAACAGUGUAUUUAAUUUGUUAAUUUUGAAAUACCCUAUACUACCUACAUUUAUGUGCAAUACUCCGUGUGAUUACCCCAUUUUUGUCUUUUGCGUGAAAUUGUAAAUCCACCCCAAAAUUUGUUGUCUAUGUACAUAUUAGUUUUAAUAGUCGUCGCCGUAGUAUUCUACGAGUAUAUACAUAUGUACAUAUUUGUUAUA